AUAAACGAUGAGAACUCUACAUUUAGCUAACAAAUCCAGUCGUUCUGUUGAAAUUACUGUGAAAGAACAUUUUAUAUGAGUUUUCCAUUAUUUCCGAAAUGGAAAAAUUGCAAGCAGAAGAUGCACGGUAUUUGAGAAGGAAAGUGAAAGGGGGGAGUUUGGAUGUCCACCCGACAGAGAAAGCCCUCAUCGUUCAGUAUGAGUUGGAGGCAACUAUCCUCGGUGAGAUGGGAGACCCGAUGGUUGGGGAACGCAAGGAGUGUCAGAAAAUCAUCCGCCUAAAAAGCUUGAACGCCAACACGGACAUUGCCACUCUAGCUCGGAAGGUGGUGGAAGAAUGCAGGCUCAUUCAUCCAUCUAAACUACCCGAGGUGGAGCAAUUGCUCUUCUACCUGCUGAACCGCAAGAAGUCAGACAAACGAGAGAAACACUCGCCGAGAGACCUCGCACCAUUUGAGGGGAUGGAGCUGGAUGAGGAGGCCAACAUCAACAGGAUAGAUCACUAUGUGGAGCUGCUGUAUGAGGACAUCCCAGAGAAGGUCAGGGGUGCCACCCUCAUCCUCCAUCUCGCCCGCAACCCAGACAACCUGGAGGAGCUCUUGCAGAAUGAGACGGCCCUGGGAGCCCUGGCCAGAGUUCUGCGGGAGGACUGGAAACAGAGCGUUGACCUGGCAACCACCAUCAUCUACGUGUUCUUUUGCUUCUCCAGUUUCUCCCAGUUCCAUGGGCAGGUGACUCACUAUAAGAUCGGAGCCCUCUGUAUGAACAUAAUUGAACACGAGCUGAAGAGGUACGACCUCUGGCAGGACGAACUGCAGAAGAAAGCGGCAGCCUGUGACAAUGACCAUAAGAACCAGAAUGUGAAGAAGGAGCAUGAGAAAGCCUUCAAGAAGUACCAAGGUCUACUAAUCAAGCAGGAGCAGCUUCUACAAGUGGCUCUGCACCUGUUGUUGAACCUUGCUGAGGACACGCGCACGGAGCUGAAGAUGAGGAACAAGAACAUCGUCCACACCCUGGUGAAGACCCUGGACCGGGAAGACGAGGAGCUGCUGGUGCUAGUGGUCUCCUUCCUCAAGAAGCUCAGUAUCUUCCUGGAGAAUAAGAAUGACAUGGCAGAGACAUAUGCUGUGGAGAAACUGGCCAGGCUGCUGCCCUGUAAGCAUGAAGACCUACUGAACACUACGCUGCGCCUGCUCCUCAACCUCUCCUUUGACACAGGCCUCCGCAGCCAGAUGGUCCAGGCUGGACUCAUCCCCAAACUCUCCGCACUGCUAGCUGACGAGAGCCAGAGACAGCUGUGUGUGUGCAUUCUGUACCACAUCAGUGUGGACGACAGAUUCAAGUCCAUGUUUGCCUACACGGACUGCAUACCACAGUUGAUGAAGAUGCUGUUUGAUUGUGGUGAGAGCCCCAUGGACCCUGAGCUCAUCUCCUUCUGCAUCAACCUGGCUGCCAACAAGAGGAAUGCACAGGUCAUCUGUGAAGGUAAUGGUCUGAAGAUGCUGAUGAAGAGGGGUCUGAAGCUAAAGGAUGUUCUGACCAUGAAGAUGAUCAGGAACGUGUCUCAACACGACGGACCCACCAAGAACCUCUUCAUAGACUACGUAGGUGACUUGGCUGCUCAGACGGGAGUGCAGGAGAGGGAAGAGUAUGUGAUUGAGUGUCUGGGGACCUUGGCUAACCUCACCAUCCCUGACCUGGACUGGGAACUGGUGCUGAAGGAGUACAACCUGGUGCCCUUCCUCAAAGACCACCUCAAACCAGGCUCGGCAGAGGAUGACCUGAUCCUAGAGGUGGUAAUCAUGAUAGGGACGGUGUCCAUGGACGACUCCUGUGCUGCCAUGAUGGCCAAGUCUGGCAUCAUCUCUGCCCUCAUCGAGCUGCUCAACUCCCAACAGGAGGACGAUGAGUUUGUGUGUCAGAUCGUCUAUGUGUUCUACCAGAUGGUGUUCCACCAAGCCACCAGGGAUGUCAUCAUUAAGGACACACAGGCUCCCGCCUACCUCAUUGACCUGAUGCACGACAAGAACGCAGAGAUACGCAAAGUCUGUGACAACACACUGGACAUCAUCGCUGAGUAUGAUGAAGAGUGGGGGAGGAAGAUCCAGAGUGAGAAGUUCCGCUGGCACAACUACCAGUGGUUAGAGAUGGUGGACAACAGAGCCAUGGGAGACGACGGAGAACCAUUCAUGUACGGAGACGACGGGGAACCUUUCAUGCACAACGGAGACAUUCUGGAGAGACCCGACCUCUUCUACAGUGCAGAUGGGAUCAUCCCAGCAGACAGUACCAUCAGCCCAGAGUUCUUCAUAGGCUACCAGAAUGGAGACAUGGGCCAGGCUGGAGGCUUCCCAGGCAGUAUGAAUAUCGAUACGUUUAGACAGUCGACGGUAACCUCUGGACAGUGCCCCGCCACAGCUUCCGGCUUCCGGCCAGAAGAGCAGUUCUUCUACAGCUAGGCUGGAAUCGGCCUCCAGAUCAAAUUGGGUUCAAUACACCGCACAGACUGACAACAGCUAUCUCCCGUGUAGCUCGCUACGCUAUGCCGUGUAGUGAUGAGCGUAUCAACACUACUACUGUGUGUUUAACAGCUAGUCGCUUCAAGUGCUCUAUUCCAAACUCUAGCAGUGAUGAUGUUGCUGUUUUAUUGAAUGCUAACAUUACAUCUUUUAAGCUACCCAAACGCUUUUCUGGAAAACAAAUCUUUUUCUAGUUAAGGUCAUAAAAAAUGGCAAUUUGUUUUGAGCUUUAAUUGGAAUAUAUUUGCAUAUAUCUCAAUGUGUUCACUAUAAGUAUGUACCAUAAUACAAGAACGCAUACUUAAGACUAAAGUUAACUUAUACAGGAUGAGCGCUGCUUUGUUUCCAUAGGAUGUUUUCUACACAUUACAUUUCCGAAGUAGAGGUGGUUGGUUGGUAUAUUGCACAGUGUUAGUCUUAUUCUAAUAGUCCAGUGACUGUGAUGGUCCUUUUUAUAGGUGACCUCAUUCAUGAGACUGACAGUUUUACUUUGCCUUUGUACAAACAUUCAGUAAUUAUGUUUAUUUAACUGUUUUCUUUUAUAUAAAUUAACAAUUUGUUGUGUUGCCUCUUCAUUGUGCCUGGUGCUCGUCAGAACAAAUUUUUCUGUGGUGCAAUAUUUAAAAUAAAGUGUUGAAAAUGGA